AUAGCGAGGCCUUCAGUAGGCGGAGUGGCGCUCACUUCCGCUUCUGGCCGAGGCUAUAGAGUCGGGUUGAAGAGACCGACGAGAAAGCGCUUUGUCUUAAAUAGCCCUGGCGGCAUCUGGUAUGAUUUAAAUUUCUAUGGGUGUCUGUUUGGCUUCCCUCUUUCUACAAGCAUCUUCAUUGGACAGUGCCCAAAGUAAAGAUGGCGGCGCGGGCGCUGAGCUGACCAUAGAGCCUCGGAGCUAGAGCGGCCCGGGGCGGACCGCGGCGGGCCUACACACUCAGGCUCGCCGGCUGGGGAAGGAAGUUCGCGGUGGGGCCGGCGCUCGGCGGUUCCUGCGACUGCGCGAAGAUGGUGGAGGAGAGCGUCCGCGUGGUCCGCUGCGGCGGCAGCCGGCUGAACUUCAGGAGAGCCGUGUUCUCGGCCGAUUCUAAGUUUAUCUUCUGUGUCUCAGGAGACUUUGUUAAGGUGUAUAGCACUGCCACAGAAGAGUGUGUGCACGUUCUACAUGGGCACAGAAACCUGGUGUCUGGAAUUCUCGUCAACCCCAACAACCAUCUGCAGCUCUACUCCUGCUCCUUUGACGGCACAGUUAAGCUGUGGGACUAUCUGGAUGGCAUUUUGAUAAAGACGUACAUUGUUGGACCUAAACUCCAUGCCCUCUUUAUUCCUCCCUGUGCUGAAGAGUCCAUCUUCCUUACAAUAAGUAAAGAGGAACCAGACAUAUUCCAGCUGGUUUCUGUGAAACUGCCCAAGUCAUCAAGCCAGGACGUGGAAGCUAGGGAGCUGUCCUUUGUUUUGGAUUAUGUAAACCAAUCGCCCAAGUGCAUUGCCUUCGGAAAUGAGGGAGAAUAUAUUGCUGCAGUGCGGGACUUUUACUUAUCUGUUUACUUUCUCAAAAAGAAAAAAACAUGCAAUUUCACUUUACCAUCAACCAAAAAUAAGAAGAAUGCUAAUAACAAGUUCACCUGUGUAGCCUGCCACCCAAAGGAAGACUGCAUUGCAUCCGGCCACAUGGAUGGCAAGAUCCGCCUCUGGAGGAGUUUUCAUGAUGAUAAGAAGUACACAUACACAUGUUUGCAUUGGCACCAUGAUGUGGUUAUGGAUUUGGCUUUUACAGUGUCAGGCACUAGUCUGCUGAGUGGCGGGCGCGAGUGUGUGCUUGUAGAGUGGCGAGACGGAUCAGAGAAGAACAAGGAGUUUCUCCCUCGCUUAGGAUCCACUAUUGAGCACAUCUCCGUCUCCCCUGCGGGAGACUUGCUCUGUACGUCUCACUCUGAUAACAAGAUAACAGUUAUUCACCGAAAUCUCGAUGCAUCUGCAGUAAUUCAAGGCCUAGUGAAAGAUAGGAGUAUAUCUACUGGUUUGAUGAUUGACCCAAGAACCAAAGCUUUAGUUCUGAAUGGAAAGCCUGGUCACCUGCAAUUUUAUUCUCUCCAGGGUGAUAAGCAAUUAUAUAAUUUAGAUAUCAUACAGCAAGAAUACAUCAAUGAUGACGGCCUAAUCCAGAUUGAACUGACGAAGGCUGCCUUCGACUGCUCUGGCACUUGGCUGGCAACAGUUGAACAACGGCAAGAAGAUGAAACUGAGUUUGAACUGCAAUUGAAGCUGUGGACCUAUAGCAAGAAAACCCAAGGGUUUGUUCUUAACACAAAGAUCACCAUGCCACAUGAUCACCCCAUCACAGCUCUCCGUUUCAAUAAUGCAGAAAACCAUGAAAAACCCACCCUGGUCACAGCUAGCAGAGACGGCCACUUCAAAGUGUGGGUGUUAGCAGAUGACUCUGAUAUAUAUAAAAAAGCCAUUGGCUGGACUUGUGACUUUGUGGGUAGUUAUCAUAAGUAUCAAGCAACCAACUGCUGUUUCUCUGAAGAUGGCUCCUUACUAGCAGUUAGUUUUGAAGAAAUAGUUACAAUAUGGGAUUCAGAAACAUGGGAACUAAAAUGUACAUUUUGCCAACGAGCUGGGAAAAUCAGGCACCUGUGCUUUGGAAGAAUGACGUGCUCCAAGUACCUUCUCGGCACAACUGAGAAUGCCAUUCUCUGCUGUUGGAACCUGCUCAGUUGUUCACUGCAGUGGAGUGCGAAGUUAAACGUUAGCGUUUUGGAACCCGACCCUUACUCAGACCACGUUGCUGCCGUGUCUCAGUCUGCAACAGGCUCAGAUCUGUUUGUAUUUAAACCCAGCGAGCCUCGGCCAUUGUAUAUUCAAAAGGAUGUCUCCAGAGAGGAGGUCCAGUGGGGAGUGUUUGUCCCACGAGACGUCCCUGAAUCAUUCACCUCGGAAGCUCACCAGUGGCUGAACAGAUCCCAGUUUUACUUCCUAACUAAAUCACAGUGUUUAUUAACAUUCAGUACAAAGUCUCCAGAAGAGAAACUCACACCAACAAGCAAACAGCUGCUGGCAGAAGAAAGUCUGCCAACGACCCCAUUUUCCUCUAUAUUGGGGAAACACAGGCAGCAGCAGCAGGAAUCAAGGUCAAAUGACACCUCAGAGAGUGAGCUGGUGCAGCUCCCCCUAACGGAGAACAUCCCUGCAAUUAACGAGCUUCUCCAUACCCCGGCCCACGUACUGCCCUCGGCUUCUUUCCUGUGCUCUCUGUUUGUGAACUCCUUGCUGCUGUCCAAAGAGACUAAAAGUACUGAAGAAAUUCCUGAUGAUGUAGAUAUGGAAGAAAAAAAAGAAAGUGAUGACUCAGAUGAAGAAAAUGAUUUUACUGAAAAAGCCCAGGAAGCAAAUAUCACGGAUCUGGGGGAAGAUGUUAUACAUCAGCUGUCAAAAUCUGAAGAGAAAGAGCUGAGAAAGUUCAGAAAAGUAGACUACAGCUGGCUAGUUGCUCUGUAGGCUGCAGCCAUGCAUGACACAGAGACAUGUUGUACUUAACUUUUUACUGUCUGUUAAUACUCCAAAAAAAAAUUUUUAAAGUUAUUUUAUUCUUAAGACAAAAUAUUAAAAGUCUUUUGUUUAUUUGCUUA